AAGAAGAGGAAGAGCCUUCUUCCUCUGAAGAAGAGGAAGAAAAAGAGGAAGAAGAAGAGGAAGAAGAAGGAGAGGAAGAAGAGAAAGGAGGAGAGGUAAAUGGAGAGGAUGAAGAAGAGAAAGGAGGACAGGAAGAAGGUGAAGAAGGGAGAAUGAAUACUUAGGUCAGGUCCCUAACAAUACGAGUAGAAGAUGUCGAAUCAGAUGAAGAAGAUGAUGAAGAAAAAGAAGGAAAGGAAGAAUAUGAAAAUGAUACUUAGUGAUGUUGGACGUGAAGAAGAAAGGGACGAAGAAUAUGAGGCAAUACGAGAGGACGAAGAAGUAGAGGAAGAAAAAGGGGAAGAAGGAGAAGAAGCACAGGAUACAGCUAAUGAAGUUGAUGAAGAACAUUUGAGAAAAGAUAAGAAAGGCGAUUUAAUAAAUGAGGUUGACAAUAAAAAGAAAGUUGAGAUGGAAAUUGAAAAGAAGUUUGUGAAGGUAGUGGAAAAGAAAUUGAAGACGCAAGCUAAGGAAUAUGAUGAAGAUGACGAAGGAGCGGAAGAAGAAGACGAAAGUGAGGAGGAAUAUGAGGAAACAGAUAAGACGGACGAUGAGAAAGAUGAGGUGAAAGAUGAAAUAUAA